AUGACCACAAAUUCCAUCUUUUUCAAAUGGACGCCACCGCGAUUUAAGAGAGGAAAGGGCCAACGCAACCCAAACCCCACGCAGCACACACCGUCCCAAACCACCCCAAAAAAAAACACGGGCCAAGGAACGGCAGCAAACAACGAAGAGAGCAACAAACCACCAACAGCGCGGGAGGAUCAAGCGCAUGAACGAACCCGAGAAAUAAACCUCAGGAACGCCCGGGAGGAGGCGGGCGGGUGGCCAACCCCCCGGCGCAAUAAAAGGGGUGGGGGGCCGUGGGCGCGAAAAAGAAGAGGGGAACAACAAGGUGGGAGAAUCUGGCGGCGACACCCGCGCCAAGCGUCGACCAUUUCGGAAGGAAAACCAAGAAACGGAGGCAACGACGCCUUCGCGCGGGUCAUGUUGUUCCUGGUGUGCCUCUUUUUCUUGGGGGCUGGGGCGGGGGCCACGAACGUCAGAACAGGCGUCCUCAUGUUCGUGGUCGGCGGUGUUCUUUUCGGAACGGGAAAUUGUUUCACCAUGCCAUUAACCGCAUCGCCAAAAAUCAAGUUAGCACUAAGCCAUUCAUGGGGCAGAGAAACCCUCACCGCUUCUUUGAAGAGGGCGUGCGUUUGA